UUGGCACGUGCUCACUGAUGGCUUGCUUCUAUUUUUUGGCAUUUUUCGCAGUCGCUUUGGUGACUGUCACGGCAAAUCCUACAGGUCGUGUGGUGGGAGGCUAUGACGCUGUACCAGCAGAGUUUCCGCAUCAAAUUUCACUGCGCAUGGAGCACCGACACAUUUGCGGCGGUUCGAUCAUUAAAUCCAAUUACAUAUUAACAGCAGCGCAUUGUGUGGUGGAGACGGGCACAACACCUUAUGCCGCUGAGUAUUUCACUAUUCGCGCUGGCACACACAAUCGCAUCGCCGGCGGUGUAAUCAUCCAGGUGAAGCGUGUUGUGGUCCACCAAGGCUAUAGUUCAGUCACAAACGAUUUGGCUUUGUUGGAAUUAGCGGAACAUUUGACUUUCUCUGAAAAAAUUCAACCUAUUCAGUUGGCGUCUGCGGAAGUGCCUGCCGGCUCCGAAGUAAUCAUUUCCGGCUGGGGCCUCCUCGAAAAUAACGGUGACACUUUACCUAUUAUAUUGCAAUGGAACCGCGUAGAGGCGCUUAGCAAGAGUCAAUGUCUGCGUAAGAUUUUAAUAUCUUCAGAUGCUUUGAUUUGCUUAGACCACCCUAGUGGUGCUGGUGCAUGUAAUGGCGACUCAGGUGGCCCGGCAACAUACAAUGGCGAGCUAGUAGGCGUUGCUGGAUUUGUAGUGAUUGGCUGUGGAACUUCGCGUCCCGAUGGUUAUGCUAAAGUAUUCUAUAACCUCGACUGGAUUCAGGAGAACAUGGUAUGAAGCGUAUAAGUAUGUGCGAAAUCGGCAGAAAAUUAAUGUUUUAACUAACAAAACAAAAAAAAAAAAAAAUCAA